UAGCGUCAGUGUUUUAAAAUCUGCCUUUUAGAGUCAGUGAUUUUGAAUUCGAGUUUCUGACCCAGUAAGCUGGAGUCCGUGAUUUAGAGUCAGUGUUUCGGAAUAAAUGAUUUAUGACUUAAAGUCUGAAUUUUCGAGUCAGUGCAGUGAAAAGUAACUUUGAAAAAAAUAAAUAAAGCCAGUCAACAAAGACAUUUUUCUCAGCCAUAUUUCCAAAGAUCAUCGAAGCUCAUCAAUGUUUAAAUUUGCCAGUUGGAGUGUAUUAUGUGAGGCAAAGAGAAAAUAAACAUAGGUAUUGAAGAUGUGUGUCAUCGUAAGUGGAGUUUGGGUGCUGAGCAUCUUUGCUUUGACAGUCAUCAGCAAUGGCAUCCUAAGCUACGGUGCACAACACCAUAGUAAAAGCUCAGACAUAUUUCACCAUCACCACAAUGUCUUUGAAGAGCCAGCAUCGAGAUCUGGGCCAUACUUCGAUAUAUCAGCGUCCAGAAAUGUGACAGCGCUGCUAGGAAAAACGACGUACCUCAACUGCCGGGUGAAAAAUCUCGGCAACAAAACACAAGUGGCAUUACAAGUGUCGUGGGUACGACAUAGAGACAUUCAUCUCUUGACGAUUGGCCGUUACACAUACACGAGUGACCAGCGGUUUCGUGCAAUUCACAACGUUCAUUCGGACGACUGGACACUACAAAUAAAGUUCCCCCAAUUGCGGGACAGCGGUAUAUAUGAGUGUCAGGUCUCGACGACCCCUCAUAUGAGUCAUUUCGUUUACCUCAACGUUGUCGAACCAACAACUGAAAUUUUAGGUGGACCGGAUCUCUACAUUGAUCAUGGAAGUACCAUCAACCUCACGUGUAUCGUACUGAAUAGCCCGGAGCCACCGGCAUACAUAUUUUGGAAUCACAAUGAUGCUAUAAUUAGUUACGAUUCCAGCAGAGGUGGCGUUUCAGUAGUAACGGAAAAGGGCGACAGUACGACAAGUUUUUUGCUGGUCCAACAUGCCAAGCCUUCAGACUCGGGACAAUAUACUUGCAAUCCAAGCAAUGCUCAACCCAAGUCGAUUACUGUUCACGUUCUCAAUGGAGAGUAUCCUGCGGCAAUGCAGCAUGGUGGUCAAGCGAAGCAACCACGAUUUUACUCACUCCUUCUAUGUCUCUGUCUACUGCUCUAUUGAAUUUAUUUUACCUUAACUUUACGGCUAUAUUUAUAAAACCCGGCGGCAAUACUCACACAUAUUAGACCUUUUAUUUAAAGGUCACUGUAUAAACUAUAUAUUAUUAUUAUUAUUAUUAUUAUUAUUAUUAUUAUUAUUAUUAUUAUUAUUAUUAUUAUAAUAUAAAUCGUACAUCUAGUUAAGUAAGAAUGUAUCAUAUAUACAAUGGAACCGAGAAAAUCCUCAAAGAAACGUAAGCAUUCGAGAAAUAAUGAGAAUAGCCAAAAAAAAAGUCCGUCAAUGCUUUAAAAAAAUGUAACAUUUAUAUACAUAUAAAUAUAUAGUACGUUUAUAUUAUAAAAAUCCAUUAAGUUAUGGUAAUAAUUACUUAGAAAGGGAUAUACGCACAUAAUUUCUGGCAAUUUUCCAUAACUAUGAGUGGUACACGGAGAGAAAUGUCAAGUGAAUAUGCCUAUGCAGCAUAGUAAUGGUUACGUUACUCUAUAGUUUAUGUGAGUAGUCACAGGAGCGGCGUGACACAAACUAUAGAGUAAUGUAACCUUUACUAUUUUGUAUAGGUAGAUUUACUUGACAUUUCUCUCCGUGUAGGUCUUAUGACUAUGGCAAAAGUUCCUGUAUGAUAUGACAGUUAAAUUAUGGUAAUAAUUACCUUACUUAUGGGAACAGUUCCCAUAGUCGGAUCAGAAUAAAUCCUAUAUCCAUAUUGGAAGGUUUUCUAGAUGCGUAUGGAAAUAACUUAACAUCAUGGUAACCGUUCCCAUAAUAUAUAGAUUACCAUAAUAGUAUCAUAGUAUGGUAAUUAUUACUAUAAUAGCAUGGUAACCAUUACCAUUAAUUUAUGAUAACGAUUCCUAUAAAAUAAAAAAUUUCUAAAUAUUCUAGAAAUCUUUGCCAUAAUAUUAUAGUAAUGAUUCUUGUAUAUUAUGUGAACCAUCACCAUUGUAUAUGGUAAUAUUUACCAUAAUGUAUGGGAAUGGUGACCAUAAUGUAUGGGAAUGGUGACCAUAAUUACAGGAAUUAUUUUAUAGUUUUAUAGGAACUACUCCGAUACUGUAAUGGAUUGAAACCCAUAUAAAUAAGAAUGGUUACCAUACUAUAUAUGGGGUCCAUUUCUAUAAUAGAUAUUAAAAAAGACCUGUCAACAUACGAUAUGGGAACCAUAAUAUAUUGUAAUUGUUACCGUAAAAUUAUCUCCGUAGAUCCUUGUGACUGAGAAAAUUUGAUAAUAGCAUUCCAAUUUUUUUUUUAUUUUAAAUGCGCCAUUAUUAAAAUUUCACGGAAAAAAAUUGUGGUUCUUACCACAAUAUCAUAGUAAAACAAUUGUAGUAGCGAGUACUCCAAUGUGUAGUAAAAGAUACUAUGAAUAGUACUGACGUUACUACACGUGUGGUUGAGGUUAUAUUCCAACUUGAAGUUGGCAUUUCUUUAUAGUCGUCCCGGAAAAAGCUUGAGAUUAUUUCCCACUAUUAUUUUUUCCCCCUCUUUUAUAAUAUUCUGAAAAAGAUAUUCUGCGCAUGCGCAAAUCUGAAAUUAUGGUAGAGGUGGAAUAAUUGUGGUAAGACAAAAUCCCAAAUUUUCAUUGGGACGACUAUACACUAACUUGUAACCUCAACUACAGUUGCCGUUGUACCAACUACAAUUUUUUUCAGGUUAAUUUAAUUUGUUUUUUUUUAAUGUUAAUAAAUAUUUAAAAUCUUAAAGAAUUAUA